CUUGUAUAAAUCAAUAUCCUUAUCAGAACCGGCUGUGAUGGAGUUUCCUGAACUUAAAGGACAUACUCGUCGUGACUAUUGGCUAGCCAUUAUUCAAGAAAUACUAUAUGUCCACAGAUUUAUACAUAAGUUUCAGAUUACAGGAGUUGAAAGGGAUGAAACACUUUCAAAGGCCAUACUUGGAAUUUUGCGAGUACAAGCCCUUAAAGAAAUAAGUUCUUCUAUCCCUCUCUGCUGUGAGUCUCUUCUUAUGUUCAAUCUAUGUGAUAAACUUCCAGGUGGAGACCUAAUUCUGGAAACACUUACAAACAUGUCAACCUCAAGGGAAUCAUAUCGGACUAACAAUUUUAUUGCUAAAGGUGGAAUGUAUUCAAUAUCAUCUUUGGCCAUGGCUUCUAACUUAGGCUCUGUGUUUGGAAUGAGUUCAAGUGUUCCCAAUGAGGCUGGGCUUGUUGUGGGGGAAAUUGCUGUAGGAGAGAUGACUUCACUGGAAAGAUCAGUUAAAGAGUCUAAAAGCGGCUAUAAGGAGGUGGUGAUUGCACAAGAAACAGUUGAUGGAGUUAAAGUAAAUGACAUUGAGACCAAUUUGAUAUGAUCAUGAAGGUGUUGCUAGAAAUGAUUUCUUUUUCUUUAUUUUCAUUUUUUUUCUUUUUCUGUUUUACAUUCAAAAUCGAUAAGGAUUUUAAGCGAUUGGAUAUGAGUAUAACAACUAAUCCCUAUAUAGUUGGUGUUGCUAAAAAGAAGCUGCUCUAGGAAGCAGCCUUCUAACUUAAUAAAUAGAAUGAAUCCAUUACGUGGCUAAUGUCUGCAAAUUGCAUUUCAUAAACAGACUGAAUUAACACAAAUGAUAUGUCAUUUCUAUUUUAGUCUA